UAGCAUGUUCUAUAAGAAAAAUAUAUAGCAUGUUCUAUAAUUUAUAUAAAGAACAUGCUGGAAAUAUGUUAUAUAAAAUGUAUAGUAAAUGUAAUUAUUUCGAAAACAUUAGUACUACGUAUUUAGGAUAUACACUGUUUGGAGUUCAUGGAUUUUUAUAAAAUUUGUUUUAAAACUCGAAUACCAAUUUCUGGACGUUUCCUAUUAGUUGCUAAGUCAUAACGAUGGUCCAUCAAAUAAACUUCAAUGAACGAUGCAAAUUAUUUGUAGCUUAACCAUUGUAAGUUCCAUCAAAUAAGCUUUACAGAAUUAAUAUUGGCAUCACACUAAUGUUUAUAAUCAACAAAUAUAAUUGUCAUCUUAACUCACCCCGUGCUAGGCACGGGUCUUCACCUAGUAUAUGAUAUAACUGAAUGUAUGUAUCUUGUGUACACAUCUCUUCUUAUUCGCAUUUGAAUUUGGAAUCUCAGGUCGUUCUCGACACCGUUGACUUUCUUGGUCGAGUUGCCAUAGGGUGAUCCUUUUACUUAGUUACUUAGUCACACAUAGGUUCCAUUAAUCAGGAUUGAUGAUAUCAACUGCGGUUUAUUAGCAAUUAACAAAACCCUUGAUAUAUUUUAUGCUUAUGUAUCUCCCUGACUCCCUCUAUUAUGAUACCUAAGCUAACUGAAAUAUCUAAAUCCAUAGGGUGAGGAUAUUUCAUAUUUGGACAGGAGCAGUUAGGGAAGUGGAAGAAGAAACUGGUGUAUGUACCUGGCUUUAAACCUCAAAAUACAUUUAUAGUUUUGGAUUUUUAUAAUUAUUUUGCAAUCUAGUAUCCAUGUUUUGGUCUGCUCUUUGACUGUUCUAUGUACCUGUAUGAUAGAUAAUAACAGCAAGUUUGCUAUGUAUGCCAAGACUCUCUUCACAGUCCUGUUUCUUGGGUUAGUGUCUUUGUUCUUAGAUAACCAAAAUCCAAAAUUUAAGAUGCGAUCAGCCGGGUUUGCAAUGUGUUACAAUAUCCGAACUGAACUCAGAAAACCUGAACCGAAUCCGAACCAAACUUCAAAAGACAAAAUUUCAUACUCCAGUAAAACUGAAAUUUGAUUGAACUCGAACUAAACCCGAUUAGACAUCGAAUAUGCGUAAUAAUUUUAUUAAUCCAAAUUCACAAAACUCGUUCCUUGCCGUACCAAGGCCCAAUUAAGGCCCAACACACUAAUUCAGACAACGUCAGUGUCAUAAACAAAAUUAGGGUCACUUGUCGACGACUUAAUUUGAACAAAGUUCUGAGAUUUAUUGGUCGCUUCGCUUCCUUCUCGUCUGCUCCUUCAGAUUAUCGCAUUUCACUUUCAUGUUUUCUCUGAUAAUCCGUGAAAGAAAGCAAUUAGCGUUGCAGAAAUGGCGUAACUUUAGAGUCUCACUGUAUUCUCUUCAAAACCCAUCUGCUUUUUCCAGCUCAUUCUCCUCUGCUGAUGUGAGCCCUCGUAAAGGUCAAAACUUUACCGUCUCUUACCUCGUCGAAUCUCUAGGCUUCACCACCAAACUCGCAGAAUCAAUCUUGAGGAAAGUCACCACAGAGGAUUCCAACUGUAAUCCAGACUCUGUUCUCACUCUUCUUAAAAGUCAUGGUUUCACAGAUUCUCACAUCUCCACCAUCAUCAGAACUUACCCACGGCUUCUCUCACUAGAUGCUGAGUCAUCACUCGCUCCCAAGCUUCGGUUCUUAACCUCGAGAGGAGCUUCAACUUCCGAGCUCACCGAGAUUCUCUCCAAAGUCCCUAAGAUCCUGGGAAUCAAAAAGGACAAAGCUUUGAGCAGGUACUACGAUUUCGUCAGAGAGAUUAUUACAGCAACCGACAAGAGUUAUUAUUCUUUGCCGGAGGGGAGUGCGCAGGGGAACAAACUGAGGAAUGUAUUGGUUUUGAGAGAUAUGGGCGUGCCUCAGAGGUUGCUUCUCCCUUUGCUUAUCUCCAAUCACCACGUCUGUUGUGGGAAAGAAAAGUUUGAAGAAACUCUCAAGAAAGUUGUUGAGAUGGGAUUCGAACCCGCGACCUUCAGGUUUAUUGAAGCUCUCCGCAUGCUUUACCAGCUGAGCGAGAGGACAGUACAAGAGAAGCUGAGUUUUUAUGGAAAGUUAGGCUUUUCUGAGGAAGAUGUGUGGGAGAUGUUCAAGAAGAAUCCGAGCUUUCUACCGCUCUCUGAGAAGAACGUUUUGAACUCCAUCGAAGCGUAUCUAGGGUUAGGGUUUACUAGAGAUGAGUUUGCGGUGUUGGUCAAGUGUCAUCCUCAGUGUCUUAACUACUCUGCUGAGCUGGUGAAGAGGAAGACUGAGUUUCUUGUGAAGGAUAUGAAUUGGCCUGUGAAGGCUUUGGUUUCGAACCCUACGGUGUUUGGAUACAACUUGGAGAAGAGGACUAUCCCGAGGUGUAAUGUAAUCAAGGCUCUAAUGUCGGAAGGUUUGCUAGGAAGUGAGCUUCCUUCGCUCGGCUCUGUUUUGGUGUGUACGGACCGUGCGUUUUUGAAAAGGUAUGUGAUGAAGCAUGGUGAUGAUAAUAAGAAGCUUGUGGCUGAGUUGAUGGCUGUUUUCACCGGAGGUCAUGUUUCUUAGAUUACAAUAUACUGAUUUAAUGUUAUGUGCCAGUUUGGUUGAUAUGAUAAAAACAAAGAACUUUUGAGAGAUUUUUUUGGUAUAAUGGUGAAUGAAGCACACUAACCUCUCAACUUCUACAUAGGAGAAGUCGGUUUUGAUAAUGCUCUAACACGAGUUAAAAUAGUAAUUUAUUUUGGGACCCAAUUUAUUUUUAUUAUUCAUCAGGUUUAGUUGGACAUAAGCUAUCAAUAGCAUGAACUGAAGAGGAUGAUCCUCAAAAGCAAGCCCUAUAAAUGUCGUUGCUGGAUAGAAGUACAUCAAUUAAUAUUCUAGAUGUCAUAGAAUAAUUGCGGUAUUAAGGUCGGUUUCAUUUUUAACAUCAAUUAACAUUCUAAACAAGCCGUGUUAAGGUCGGUUUCAUUUUUUUUCGUAAAAAUAUAGAAAACAUAAAUUAGGCUAGAGAAAAAAAGAUGUCGACAAAAAGUAUUGAGUUGAUUAAGUCGGGUCUAUAAUAAAUAUGUAUAUAUUAUGAAUUUUUUUAAUUUGUCGGUAAGGAAGUGAGGAGGACAAUUAUUGAUGCUGUUGCCUGUUCCUAUCAUCUCACUCUUGACAGAGGAGGAGGGUACAUGAAAAGAGGAGAGUGCAUCUGUCUUCGUUUGUUAUCUAUUUUUCUUUUAAUUGUCAUUUUCACCGUUGACAAAAACAAAAUUGUCAUUUUCACCUCUUAUGUUUUCUUGUCAGAAAAAAACCUCAUGUAUCUUAAGCUAUAUUAAUAAAAUCGAGUUUCCUAACUUUUGUAAGAAGUUUAUAUUUAACUUUGAAAUUUAUUUCUCAAGAACAUCAAAAACUUGCCAGAGUUAAAAAGAUAGGAAAUAAAAACAAGAUCAAAACUUUCAGAAAAAGUUAAGCCCUUUCUCAAAAAAGAAAGAGAAAGUAUUUAUUCAAAAAGAAUCUUCCAGAAAAAGUACCUAAUGAAAAAAAGAUUUCAAUGUUUAAAUUAUAAAUGUAUUAUUUUGAAAGUACUAAUAUUAAAGAAAUGUCUACUGCUAAAAUAUGUUGUCUGAUGCUAGUUUUGAGAUCUAAAUACAAUGGUCCAAACUUUGGAUCGCAAUUCAAAAUUAUAAAUAUAUUUGUUUCUAGUUGAUCAAAUAAAUGUAUUUUAACCUUAAAAUAUAAUUAAGAAUUGUAUGAUUCAUAACAAACGAAUUACAUUUGGAUUUGCGCAUUCCACAUAUAUUUCAUUUUUCAUUAAAAUAAAUGUAUAUUUUAUUUUUCACUUAAACAAAAAUUUAAUUUUUUAGUUUAUUUCGUGUUUAUUUAAAAAUUAAAUAUAUAUUUCAUUUUAACUAAAACAAAAUUUUAAAAUAUCUAAUUAAUUUUGUAAUUAUAACUAAUCUCAUGUACAAUAUUUUACUAAAUUUACGAUACUAAUUUAAUAUAAUAAUUUUUAAUUAAAUUUUUUGAUCCUUAAUCAAUAACAUUAUUCAAUUUAGAAUUGCAUAUCACAUAAUUUAAUAUAUGCUAUCACUGAAAAUUCAAAACAUAUAAAUUAAGUUAGUGCAUGUGAACUAUAAAAUUGUUGUGUGUUUAAAAUAUUAUAUCAAACAAUUUGUAAUAUGUUAAAUAUUAUAGUUAACCAUGUAAAAUAAUUAAUUAUGUGUAUAAAAAUGAAAAUAAUCACACGCACGGUUGUGCAGAUCGAGAUCAAAUUUAUUUUUAAAGUAAAUAGAAAAAUAAAAAGUUACAUUAUUUAGAAUACAAUUAACAUAUCAUUUUGUAUGUUUUUAUAUUUAUAUAUCCAUAAUUUUUAUAUGUACUUUUAAUAUUUACUGAGAUAUAGAAUAGAAAUAUUCUUUUUAAUAAAACAAAUUUAUUAAGAUACUAUAUUGUUAUUAGUUUAUAUUUAAGUAUCAAACCAUUGCAAUAUUUGAUAAAAAAAAUUGUUUCAUUAAUAGAAAAACGCAAUAAGUAUAUUAUUAUUUAAAAUUUUAAUCAAAGAAUGUUAUUUUCAUGAUGAAGGAUGUUGGUUAGAAAAAAUAUAGUCAAAAGAUUUGUAAUAAAGUUAAAAUAAUAAAAAAUAGAAGUUAGUAAAACUGGUUAAUAUAUAUAUUUAAGCGGAUUUUUAUGCUACUUGGAGGAUGAUUGGUAAAGGCUGUAGCUUUAUAUUUUUUGUUGUAGAAUUUAAUCCGUAAAUUUAUUUGCUGUAACUUUCAUUGUUGUAGCUUUCUAAAGCACUAAUUGUUUGCUCUGGAAAUAAAGGUUUUUACAACUAUAUUUUAAUUUUGCAGAGAUUUUUUUGAUGUGAAUUUUUUUAAAAAAAAAGCAAAACUCGAUUGGUUGACAUAUAUAGCUCUAGACUAAAUUUUGGCUGUCGAAAAUAUGUACAGCCUAAAUCAAUCAUUCCCUUGGUAAAAUUUUUUUAAAAACCUGGCAAAUCUAUAUUAUAAAUUUUUUAAAAAAUAGCAAAAUAUAUUAAAGAUAAUCUAAGGAAAAUCACAAGGAAAACCUAAUCAAGUCAAACCACCUAAGCCUCAAUAUGUGUUAAUUAAUUUUUGAGAUAAAUAAUGCUUAUAGGUUUUAUUUUAUCUUUUUAAUGAAACAAAGUUGUGCAACCCACGUUUAAAAAAAAUAGCACAAAGAAUAAAAGUUCGAGAUCAUGCGUUCUGCAUGCGUUCAUCUCAUAAAGAUUCGUAGUUGCAUUUGGGAAAUUUAAUAAUUCAGUUCCAUAAUUCUAUGGGUAUCAUCGAGUGUUGUUCCUUUGUCAAAAAUUAAUGGGAAAAAUCAAUCGAGUGUUAUAUGCAAUGUUUCAUAGGCAAUAAAAGAAUGUUUCACAGACGAUGGAAAAAUAGUUUGCGUUUAAUUGGGAAAACUCAAAAUUCAAAAUCAAGUGUUUUAGUCUAAGGGUAAAAGACUCACAACUAUAAAUCCUGCUUUGAAUUCGAUUUAUCUUGGUCACUCAUAAUAUUUUAAGUGAUUAAAAAAUAUAAUUUCUGAAAGUUUCGUGGUAAUUAGUCUUUAAAUUUAAAAAAUCUUUGGAAUUAUACCAGGAUUAUAAAAAAAAAUUAUUUUCUAGAAUCAUUAAUAUGAUAUAUCGACAUUAAUACGGUAAAUAAUACUAGUAUCAACUGAAUGAAUCUAUUAUUUGAAUGAAAAUAAAUUGAAAAAUACAUUUUGUAAAUAUAAUAGAAGGGAAAGUUAAUUUAAAGAAUAUUCAUAUUUUAAUCAAAUAUAAAUUUAUGAUAUAUUAUGAUUUAUUAAGUUACUAAUGAUUGGUCACUAACUAACCUUUAUAUAGUAGAUUAUAUAUAAUGAAUUUAUUUUAAAAGAGUAAAUUUCAUUUAACAACUUUGUUGAGAUUUAGUAGGUGUCUAGAGUCGAACCCCAAAGAGCCAAUCAGGAAUUGCCAUCUGAAAAUAUUUUGUUCUAAACCGGGUCAUAAAUCUGACAUAGUUAAAGUAAUAUAUACUUGCCGACAAAAAAAGGAAAUAUAUAUUUUAUAUGCAAAUUGAAAACUUAUAUCUUACAUAUAUAGUUGAAAAUAUCUAGAAGAAUACAAUUCUCUUCUUUCUUUUCAAAUGAAUAUAAUCUACCCAAUAAUUCAUAUUAUUAUUGCCAUAAAGAAUCAAUUUUGUCUAUUGAAAAAAGUAAAUCUUAUCUUCGCCACGCCACCACUACCUAAUUGGACAAAAUCAUUCACGGAUAUUUUACCCAUUGACGCUAUAAAUAGAGACCCUUGAGAUCCUAUAGUUUAUCAUCAAAACAAUAACAACCAUAAAGAGAGAUUUAAUUUAAUAGAAAAGAAAGAGAUCAAAGAUGGCAGGAAUCAUCAACAAGAUCGGUGAUGCUCUCCAUAUCGGAGGAGGCCACAAGGAAGACGAGCACAAGAAGGAGGAACACAAGAAACACGCCGACGAGCACAAGAGUGGUGAGCACAAAGAGGGUAUCGUUGAUAAGAUCAAAGACAAGAUCCACGGUGGAGAAGGCCACAGCAGCGGAGACCACAAACAUGACGGUGAGAAGAAAAAGAAGAAGGACAAGAAGGAGAAGAAACACCAUGAUGAUGGUCACCACAGCAGCAGCAGUGACAGCGACAGCGAUUAAGGUAAGAAAGUGAGGAAGACUAUCAAUGCUGCUGUUGUCUGUUCCUGUCCUUUUACUCUUGAUAGAGAGGGAGGGGUAGAUGAAAAGAGAAGAGUGCAUCUGUCUUCCUUUGUUAUCUAAUUUUCUUUUAAUUGUCGUUUUCACCUCUUAUGUUUAAUGUUUUCUUGUCAGAAAAAUAAACCUCAUGUAUCGUAAUCUACAUUAAUAAAAUCGAGUUUCCUAACU